AUGUAUCAAUCGGAUAAACUCAUAUGCGUCGGUACUAACUCGAUUGCCAGCGGAAGAGUUGCCAUUAGAAGAUUUGCUCGACUGAUUCAAAAACUCGGCUAUGAUGUCCAACUCAACAAAGUGACUGUCACUAACAUUGUUACCACAUUUUCACUCAAAUGUACUGUAAAUUUGGGUAACUUUGCGUCUUUCAUUGGUUUUAAGGCAUACUAUGACCCGCAAAGAUUUCCAUUACUGAUCAUCGAUUACGGCGGUAAAAGAAAACCAACAUUUUCCGUAGAGUUAAUGUUAACUGGUGUUAAAUCUAUUGUUCAGUUAAAUGAUUUAUAUUCAACAUUUUAUUUAGUUAUUUAA